AUGUGCCUAAGGCCAAUAAUUGUGGUAGAUGGCACACACUUGAAGGGUCGUAACAAAGGGAUCUUGUUUGUUGCAGUGACGAAGGAUGGUAACGAACAAGUCUUUCCCAUGGCAUUCGGCGUUGGGCCUAUAGAGAAUAAUGAAUCUUGGACGUGGUUUUUGUCUCGAUUGAAGUUGGCUUAUGGUCAGAAUUCUGAAACUUUGAUUGUUUCAGAUGCACAUGUCAGCAUAGAGAAUGCUAUAAAUGUUGUAUAUCCUGAUGUUGCACAUGGUUUGUGCUACUACCAUCUGCUGAACAAGCUCACUCGGUUUGGCAAGGCAGCAGUUGCACUAUAUCAGAAAGUCGCUUAUGCAUAUAGAGAUAGUGAGUUUGAUGCUGCGAUGGCAAGUUUAAAAGCUCUUAAGGAAGAAGGUGGAGCUUAUAGCAAAUUGAUGCAGUUUUUUGACAUCAAAAAUAUCGAUGAAUCGUUCAAUUCUCGUUUGUUGUGGGCCAAACGGUUGCCUAUAUGCUCCAUGGUGGAGGCAAUCCGUCACAUCAUAGAGAAAUGGUUCGAUGAAAGACAUGAAGCUACAAAGUCAUUUUCUGGUGAUGUUACACAGGAAGCACUACGCAAGCUAAGUGUUGAAUUGGAGAGAUCAAGGAGAUACGAGGUCAUUUCCAUGUCACGUACUGCUUUCAAGGUUAAGAGUUCGAACAAAACAUUCAAAGUUAAUCUACAAACGCAGUCGUGCACUUGUGUGGAGUGGGAUUUGAACAUGCUACCUUGCUCGCAUGCAGUUGCAGCAAUAAGGCAUAUAGGUGAUGAUAUCUCCAUGCAUGUUGGAGAUUAUUAUCAAGUUGCAAAACUACGUAAGGCGUAUUCUUAUCGAGUGAAUUCUGUACCACCAUUAGCGUCCUGGACGAUUCCUGCAAAUAUUCAAGGUCUCGCCAUAGAUCCUCCUAUAAUCGGUAAACAAUCUGGGCGUCCAAAGACCACGCGCCAUCGGGGACCAAAUGAGAAAACUACACAAAGCCGAAGAGCUGGACCAGAUAAUGCUCCUUCGACUAGCACAAGUCGUGCCCCAAGAACAUGUAGCUUGUGUGGAUCUGCAUCGCACACUAGAGACAUUUGUACUUAUCUGGUGAGCAAUGAGUGA